CUCCUCCUCCUCCUCUCCCGCUAGUCCUAGCCGCCGCCGGCCCGCCGCCCGCUCCGCUCCUCGCAGCCUCCGGGACCCGCAGCCAUGGCCGACAUCAAGACGGGCAUCUUCGCCAAGAACGUGCAGAAGCGACUCAACCGCGCGCAGGAAAAGGUCCUUCAGAAGCUUGGGAAAGCUGAUGAGACAAAAGAUGAACAGUUUGAAGAAUAUGUCCAGAACUUCAAACGGCAAGAGGCAGAAGGUACCAGGCUUCAGCGAGAACUACGGGGAUAUUUAGCAGCUAUCAAAGGCAUGCAGGAGGCCUCGAUGAAGCUCACCGAGUCGCUGCAUGAAGUCUACGAGCCGGACUGGUAUGGGCGGGAAGAUGUGAAGAUGGUUGGUGAGAAAUGUGAUGUCCUGUGGGAAGACUUCCAUCAAAAACUAGUAGAUGGGUCCUUGCUGACACUGGAUACCUAUCUGGGCCAAUUUCCUGACAUAAAGAAUCGCAUCGCAAAACGCAGCAGGAAGCUGGUGGACUAUGACAGUGCUCGCCACCAUCUGGAAGCUUUGCAGAGCUCCAAGAGGAAGGAUGAAAGUCGAAUCUCUAAGGCAGAAGAGGAAUUUCAGAAAGCACAGAAAGUGUUUGAAGAGUUUAACGUUGACUUACAAGAAGAGUUACCAUCGUUAUGGUCAAGACGAGUCGGGUUUUACGUCAACACUUUCAAAAACGUUUCCAGCCUCGAGGCCAAGUUUCAUAAGGAAAUCGCGGUGCUUUGCCACAAAUUGUAUGAAGUGAUGACGAAGCUGGGCGACCAGCACGCUGACAAGGCCUUUACCAUUCAAGGAGCUCCCAGCGAUUCUGGUCCUCUCCGCAUCGCAAAGACACCGUCACCGCCCGAGGAGCCUUCGCCCAUCCCGAGCCCGACAGCUAGUCCCAAUCACACGUUGGCACCUGCGUCUCCUGCACCAGCAAGGCCUAGGUCACCCUCACAGACAAGGAAAGGGCCUCCCGUCCCACCUCUGCCUAAAGUCACCCCAACAAAGGAACUCCAGCAGGAGAACAUCAUCAGUUUCUUUGAGGACAACUUUGUUCCGGAAAUCAGCGUGACAACACCUUCGCAGAACGAAGUCCCUGAGGUGAAGAAAGAGGAGACAUUGUUGGAUCUGGACUUCGACCCUUUCAAGCCUGAGGUGGCACCUCCUGGUUCUGCCGGAGUGACCCACUCCCCCAUGUCGCAGACAUUGCCCUGGGACCUAUGGACGACUGAUUCUUCAAAAAGUCUUUCCCUGUGUAACCUGAUCAUGGAGGAAACUCCAGACAGUGGGUUGGCCGAAGAAAUUCAAAGAUCUCAGAUUGACCUAGGUGCAUUUAUUUGGGACCCUGAUGCUAGUACAGAGAGAGUCAGCCAGGAAAUUACCCAAGGUGGGUCUCAGGAGGACUCUUCAUAUCUCUCUGAAGCAGAGCAAAACAUGGGAUUAUCCACUGGAAUUCCCUCUUCUGCUGACUGGCACACUGUAGCUGAACAGGGUGAGCAUGUCAUGGGGCCAGCCUCUCCAUGUGGAAAUGAACAGCUGGACCCAAAGCCUGUGCCUGAAGCUGAAUUUGUCACAGUGGCUGGUAUGGAGAUGGAGCGGCCUCAUGAUUUAUCUGCCUCAGAGAUGGCAGCCACAGAAACUGGUGGCCUGGUCAGAGAAGGUCAAGAAGAUGUUAAACAGUCAGAAGAAGAGGAAGAGAAAGAGAAGAUAGAAGAUUCUAUGUGGGCAGGUGUGGAGACAUGUGAAAAGGCUUCUGGUGGUACAUUUAAUGGAUUCACCCAGCCCCAGGACACUUCAUUAUUCACAAUGCAGACAGACCAGAACAUGAUCUGUAACUUGGCUGAAUCUGAGCAGGCUCCGCCCACAGAGCCGAAAGCAGAGGAGCCCCCUGUCGCUGCCGCACCUGCUGUUGGGCUGGACUCUGGACCGGACGCCCAGGCUGAGGAGCCAGUGGAGGGGGCAGUGGUCCUACCUGGAACGGAUGCCGACAUGACUGUUGGAACCUCCGUGUCGGCCACCGAGGAGGCCCUAGGGGAGGAAGCAGAGACGGAGAAGGCAGCUCUGCCUGCUGGGGAAGGAGCAGCUUUAGAGGAGGCCAGGACUGACACUGACACCACGCAGGCUGCAGAAAGUGACAGAUCGCAACCGGAAGAGCCAGAAGCAGCAGCCCCUCAGGAGAAGGUCAUCCCUUCAGUCGUCAUAGAGCCCGCCUCCAACAAUGAAGGGGAGGGAGACCACGAAGCCCCCGCAGGUGCAGAGCCCCUGGAGACCCCCGCUGCCGCGGCUCUUCCCGGUCCCACCAGUGAGCUGCCAGAGCUGGCCGCAGAGCCCAAGGAGGGCGAGGACCCCCAGCCGCUGCCCUCGGCUCCAUCUGCAAGCGAGGCGUCUCAGGAAGUGCCUCCGGGCUUCCUCUACAAGGUGGAAACACUACAUGAUUUUGAAGCAGCAAAUUCCGAUGAACUUACCUUACAAAGGGGUGAUGUGGUGUUGGUGGUCCCCUCAGAUUCAGAAGCUGACCAGGACGCAGGCUGGCUGGUAGGAGUGAAGGAGUCAGACUGGCUUCAGUACAGAGACCUUGCCACCUACAAAGGCCUCUUUCCAGAGAACUUCACUCGGCGUCUGGAAUAGGGCCACGAAUAUUGUAGAAAGAGCCUGGUUAUUGGGUUUUUAAACCUCUGUAAAAACCCGAAGAGUUCACUUUUGCUAUUCCACUCUUAAUGAUUUACAGGCUGGUGCCAGACAAAGCUUGGAAAGAUAUUAUCAAUGGAGCAUGUGUGCAAAAAAAAAAAAAAGAAAAAAAAAGAAAAAAAAAACCCACGUAAAUUACAGAAAAAGUCCUCACCGGUCCCCACGUUAUCCAUAGCAGUUUUCUUUGUGCUUUGUCCAAGCUGUGGAAACUCCUGUACUUGUUCCCCUCCCACCAGUUCUACAGUAGCUUUCUCCAGACCAGAACCUUCAUUUCUUUGCACCCAAGUGUAUGGUCCUGAGUGGCUGCCCUGCGGAAGACGUGCCGAAUUAUCCUGUAGUCCGAGAUUCUCUUCUUCCCCGCACAGGUGUGAGCACGUGCUCUCUCUCCCUGUCAAGUUGACUGUGUUUCCACCUCGACGGCUGCACAAAACGUUCUUUCUUGACACCUCUCUCCCUCUCCCUCUCUGUAUCUGGGCACACAGGUCCACAUGCUAGCUCCCAGCCCUCCGAUCUAUGUGUAUGCACAAAACUACAUACACAUAGUUGCUUCCUUUCGUUCAUUGCAGCUCUUUGCCUCUUGAGUGUCAGUGAUACAUGCAUUGCUCUUGCUCCGUCUGGCAUUACAGUUGCCGUUCUGCCUCGGGGCAACACCAGCCAUCCCAUUGCCAAAACAGUCGCCAGUAUCUGUAUUUCGUAGUGUGCAUUUGUCAGGAUGCAAUGACAGAUCGCAUGUCAAGGCUGCUGUCCCCUUGGGAGAAAGCAGAGCCUCAUUAGCUAGGUGUCCAGCUGUUGUGGCUGGAGGUAAGCUGGUCGGGAUGAGCGGCCACGUAGCGCUACCCUCUGCCUUUCAAAGAUUGGCUGGUUGAUGGGGCAUCGAAGUCCACCAUCAAAGAACACUAUAAAAAAAAAAGCUCCUAUAUAUUUCCAACUCUAUAUUUAUGCAACUCAUCUUCCCAGAUCGUCCUACAAUAAGAUAGGUGAUGUAUGCUGUAUUCACAAAUCAUCUGUAACAGUUGUUUUCAGUGCUGUGUCAUUCCAAAUAAACUUUUGGUAAUCUCCAGCAA